GUGUGGUGGCGCGCGCUCCCGCUCCAGCAGAUCACUUUCACGUGGCGCGGCGGCCGGUGGCAGCGUGCGCCAGCUCAGUCGCGACCGGGCGCUGGUACAGUCUGGUCGCGCCUGCUCCCCGGAGCGCCUCCUGACGACUCGCGGUGCCGGCGCAACAUGCUGAGGGAGCAUGGAAUCGCCUCAGAUGUAUGACUUAAGUGACGCAGUGGUGAAGCCGAACUUUAACGGCGUCUCGAACAAGUCGCGGCUGGGCGCGUACGGCGAGGAGUUCGCCGAGCUCGCCGAUCUCGGCGCCUCCGAGGUAUCGCUCGACCUGCAGGCGUUCGUUAACGACCCGCACUUCAGCGAUGGCAUCUUCAACGACAUCGUGGAGGGCAAGGGCCUGGGCGUGGCGGGGCCGCUGGGGCUGGGCGGCCGCCUGCCGCCGGCCUCCUGUGCCGGCCUGACAUACCCCGCCGCCGGCAUGGGGUACCUGCACCAGCCCAUGGGCUAUGCCGCGCCGCGGCUCGGCGGCGAGCCGGCCCAUCUGCCAGUCAAGAAGGACCCAGACACGCCCGAGUUCCAGCCGUGCCGGCAGCCGGCGCUCGCCGGCUUCGCCGCCGACUAUGGGCCCACGUACGCCGGCCUGGUGCCCGUGUCCGCGGCCACCAGUCUGACGCAGGCCCGCCUGCCGGCCGCCUCGGCCGCCGCCGCCGCCGCUGCCGCCGCCGCCGCUGCCGCCGCCGCAGCAACCUCCACGCCCAGCCGGUCGUCCGGCGGCAGCAAACAUUCUCCCUCGAAGCGCAUCAGCCCUGGCUCGGAGGAGUACCGGCGCCGGCGCGAGCGCAACAACGUGGCCGUGCGCAAGUCGCGCGAGAAGGCCAAGCAGCGCUGCCGCGAGACCGAGGACAGGGUCAAGUUCCUCGCACGCGAGAACGAGGGCCUGCACAAACGCGUCGAGAUCAUGACCAAGGAGCUGACUGUGCUGAAGAACCUGUUCGCCAACGUGGGCGUGUUGCCCGACCAGUUGCAGCGCGAGAUCGCCAAGCACCUGGGCGACGGGGUCGGCCGCCCGCCGCCGGCCCCAGCCGGCUUGUGACGGUAACCGACCGCCGGCGGCGGCGGCGGCGCGACGGCCCGCCAGCGCGCCUCGCGCCACAGAGCACGUGCAAUGCCCGGCGGCGGCGUGGAUCUCAGCCGGGAUGGCCCGCGCUUCUUUCUCGGUGUGCUAGUCGUCGUGUGCGUGUGUGUAGUGUGAGUUAGCUGCGAGAGCGGCGACCGGCGGCCGGCGGAGGCCCGG